UGUCGUGUCCUACCCAAGCAUCCUCUUUUGUCCGCAUAGGUUGGAAUUUUGACAUUUACCACCAGUCCAAGUCGUUGCUGUCCAAUCCAGACAUGGAUCAUGACAAGAGAGGUGACUGGGAAAAUUGGCUCAGAGAAUACCUGGAAGCUCCUGUAGAUGACAUCUACGAAUUGCCCAUAAUCCAGGACCUUGCGCUGGACAGGCUCGAUGACGAUGACAUUGAGCUCCAGAUACAGCGGCUGAUGCCUGCUGCUGCCGUCAAAAACAACUUUUGCGGCAAAUGCCGGGGACAGCUUGCGGACUGGCCGGCGCUAGGCUUGCAGGAAAAUCAAGUCACUACCGGCAGAGCCCUCGACACGAAGGAGGUGGAAGCUGCGAGUCGAAUGGGAUGCCACUUUUGCCAGUUCAUGCUCAGCGUUCUGUCGACGAGGUGUCUUUUACAAUUUCGCAUAAUUGAAGCGCGAUUAUCAUUCCUAGGGAAUGGGGCAACGGCAUCUCUUGGAAUAAAGCGGAAGAGCAGCGACAAGUGGGAAUGCUGGAUUAACUGGCCAGGAAGAUUUGCGACGGAGCCACCCGAACGUUGUGAUUGGAAAUCUAUUGUCGAAUUCCAAGAUGAAGGCACCGAGGUUAAAGAUGAAGAUGAAGAUGAAGUUGGCCAAUUUUUAUUUCUUCUGGCCGCGUGGAUGAAACAAUGCGAUGAGCGCCACAAAUGUGCCGUUCAGUACAAGGGCGAAUCCGAACUGCCCACCAGACUAAUAUCGGUCGACAAUGGCCUGAGACUGGUCACGACCAAAAGCCUCAGUUCCGGGCCCGUCAAGUACGCCACACUUAGCUAUUGCUGGGGCACAGACGACUUUAUAAAACUCGGGCAAAACAACCUCGAAUCCUUUCUGCAAGACAUCCCGGCCGACGGCUUGCCCCGAACCCUUCGAGAUGCCAUCGAAAUCGUGCAAAAGAUGGGCAUACCCUACAUCUGGAUCGACGCUUUGUGUAUCAUCCAGGAUGAGGACGACUACUCGGACUGGCUCAAAGAAUCGGUUCGGAUGCAUCAAAUAUACGGAGGUAGUUAUCUCAAUAUCGCCGCCACCUGUGCCAAAAGCGUGGACGAAGGCUUCUUCCACACGGGCGAUCGCAAACGCUUUGCAUUCCUGUCACGGUUUGACGAGCAUCACAGGAAGGGGGCGUAUUUAUUCUUUGUCGAGAACGCAGCUACCAACACCAUCAUCGACACCCACCUCAGCACAAGGGCCUGGGCUUUCCAGGAGAGGUUAUUGGCGCCCCGGACCGUUUAUUUUGGAGACCGCGGUAUGGCUUACGAGUGCAGAACCGACCUCAAGUUUGGGGAUUUACCUCUCCCCUUUGACAGCUGGAUGGCGGUAAAAGUUUUGCCACCAGACGAGCCGUACCCCUGGCAUCUGAUAGCCAUGAUUUAUUCCGAGGCACGCCUGACCCAUGGCUCAGAUUUCUUGCCCGCGCUGUCGGGAGUGGCAAAGAGGCAGCACGAAAUCACAAAGGACACAUACCUGGCGGGCAUGUGGAAGGAGGGCCUAGUAAGACAACUGUGCUGGUCUCGCGUAGAUGUCCUUCCGCGACCAGAGUGGCGAGCCCCGACCUGGUGCUGGGCGUCUGGCGAUGGCUGGAUGCUUUUCCAGAUAAACCUGCCAGCUGACGAGGGGAAAGCCCAUCACUCCGAGUAUCACGCCGAGGUUUUGGACGCCUGGACGAGGCCAGCAGACGGCGUCGAUCCGUUUGGGGCGGUUGUUGGUGGCGAGCUGACGCUGGCUUCUGCGUCCCUCAUCAAAGCAAACACGGUUGGGAUUAUCGAAAAGUCCGUCGUGGUGGGUUUCAGCACAAGCUCGGUCCGCGUGAGCAUCGAUAUGGAUUGCGAGAUUGAGGAAGCCCACGAGCCUAUAUACGUCCUCCCCAUGGUUUCGCAGACAGUCGAGGACGAGCAAGGCACGUUCCCAAAGCGACCAGAGAUCUAUGGCCUUGCGCUCCAGCGUUCUGGGCCCCGUCGAGGACACUUUCGUCGCGUCGGCAUCUUGCAAAUCACCAGCUGGAUGAUCAACAGUUGGAACUCCAGCCUCGAGGACCAAGAGCUCGAAGCUGCCUGCCGUGAGCUUGUCAGGAUUAUGCAAGAGGAUGGGCCCUUUGUGGCAAAGGAUAUGUGCGCCCGGACACGUGAGGCUGGCGACGGCAAGUGUUUUGUGUUUACGAUUGAGUGAAACGAGGUCUAGAUGCCAUGAUAGGCCCAUGGCUCCCCGCGACUAUGACUUUACUUCAGCUGUUCUUACAAGUGUGGAGACGACGUGCUGGUUGCCAUGUGUCCGGGCAUUUUGUGACUGGGUACGGCGCACCGGAUCGCGGGAAAUAUCACACUCCAAAUUGAGGGGACUCUGGGGCCGAGGAUUGUGGCUAUUGCCCUCGCCAGUUGACGGAAAAAGCAGCAACGUAAAAGUCGAUUGAGGAGCAAGCACGAAUGGAUGUAAUGAGUGGCAAUAAACACCAAGACAACCGAGGACCACCAGUACAAUUACCAGCAAGACUUGUAGGCAGAAGAAAAGAGACAAGGUCUCGAUGCAAACAGAAACGCACGACCGACGAGCAGCCGAAAGAAUACUGUCAAAUAUUGACCUAACAAACAACAGCUGGCGCAAUGUUAGAGUGAAUAGUAAAGACUGUGUUGGGGAACAAAUACAACAAAUAAAACUUCCUCUCCGCUAGGUUGUGGCCAUUCUAUCUAAGGUGGCCCAUUCAGCAUCCAACUCUUCCGACAUAAUCGAUACAGGUAGAUCUACAGAUUAAAACCGCUUCGUUCUUCAACCGUCCGGUAGGCCUCCAACCACCCAGCCACCUCGACUUGACAGUCCGCUUCUCUGCUCCCGUCUCCGUGCUAACAAAUGAAAUGCCGCCCCC